GUGUCAAUUUAUUCUUCCUGCAGACGUUUACCUUGCUGGAACAGUGAUGCUGAUCUUCGGUAUGGGAUUAUAUGGACUGUUCAUCAGCAAUAUACCCACAGGGACCCCGUCUCGUGUCGACCGUGCUCUAAAGGGAUCUUCUUUGUUUGGAAUGUUUGCCUUAAAGGAGAGGCCAAAGUGGAUGCAGAUUAGUUCCCUCGACGAGUUAAAAACAAAGGUCGGGCAUGUCAUUGUUAUGAUUCUCCUGGUGAAGAUGUUUGAAAGAAGCAAAAUGGUGACCAUAGCUACCGGGAUGGAUCUUUUUAGUUACUCGAUAUGCAUAUUCUUAUCCUCAGCAUCAUUGUACAUCUUGCACAAUCUUCACAAGCCUGAAUGAAAAAUUUCGAAUGCGUGCUCAGAUGCGUUAUAAGGUAUAUAUUGUACAAGAUCUAUUCUGCCAAUAUCUGUAAAUAGCAAG